AUGAACCUGGCUGUUUUUUUGUGCGCCUGCGUCUCUUGUGUGAACCUACGUUCUUUUUAUUUCUCUCCUACGUGUCUGGUUCAAUUUGUGUGUCUUUCUUUCUUCUGUAAUUCUACCUUGUUUCUGUCGCUGUUCGGUGUGUCCGGUUCUUCUCUUUCACCUCAUAUUGCGACCCCCACCUAUGUCUUCUUCUUGUCUUUUCUUUUGUUUCUUUAUCCCUCACUCUGUACGUUUGUCUCUCUUCUUCUAUUCUUUUGCAUUCACGCUCCCUCAUCUCUCUCUCUCUCUCUUUCUCUCUCUCUCUCUCUCUUUCAAUCAGUCUCGCUUUCACUCUCUUGCUCUCUCUUACGUUCGCUCUCUCACUCGCUCUCACUUUCUUGCUCUCUCCUACGUUUCGCUCCUUUACCUUCCCGCUUGCUUUUUCUUUCUUGCCUUUUCUCUCAUACUUUCUCCCUUAUCUUCUGUCUUAUUCUCUUUCACUAUUUCUCUCACAUUUUCUCUCUUCUACAUCCUUUGCCUCGUGCCGUCUUUAUUUUUAUCGUCUGCUUUGAUAUUUGGUAUCGAUUAUUCAUAAAAAUCACGUUACGGUAUUUUUUAAAUUUUUUUUUUCCUUUCCUUCGUUUCAAUAUCGAUUAUCUAACAAGAUCCUUUGUCUUUAUUCAGAUAAUUCAAUUCCUUCUAUUUUCACUAAUUCUUUCCCAUUCUUUGGUUUUUAUUCUGUUUCUUCGCCGGAAUAGUAACGUCCAUUCCUUGUCAAAGUUCUUUGUCCUUAUUGAGAAAAUCCAGUUUCUUAUAUAUUCCUUUUUGGGGCCCCAAUUCCUUGGCGUUCAAAACGUUUCUUCGUGGGAACAUGUUAGCACAAAUAUUCAUAUUUCUCUCACUGCUCUCUCUCUCUCUCACACACUCUCUCUCUCUCUCUCUCUCUCUCUCUCACUCUCUUUUCUCAUCUUUGCGCCUAUUUCUCAUUUUAAAUCUCUCUCUCUCUCUGUCUUUCAACCAUUUUGCGCCAAUUUCGCAUUCCAAAUCUCUCUCUCUCUCUCUCUCUCUCUCUCUCUUUCUGUACUUGACGAUCAGGUAAUAUCUUCCUCUUUGCACCUAUUUCAUAUUAUAAAUAACUUCUCUCUCUCUCUCUCUCUCUCUCUGUCGCUCAUUCUCUCUUUAUCUCACUCUCUUCUUAACUGUCUAUUAAUCUUGUCUUCUUCAUCUUUGCGCCUAAUUCUUAUUCCAAUUCCAUUUCUCUCACUGUCUAUCUCUCUCUAUUUUUUUCUCUCUCUCUCUCUUCACAGCGCCCACUUGUCGCUUAACAUCCGGGUUUUACAACUGCCAUUGUUUUCACUGUCCACCGCCGACAGUCAGCCAUUGUUUCUUCUCUCUCCUCUUCCCUCAUCCACUGACCGUUUUCUUUUUGUCGCUGACAUGUCCAUCAUCUUACUUUUGCUUUCAGAUUCCAGCCCCCAGUUCUUCCUCACGCUUUUCUUCCCCCUCUCUCCCUCUCUCUCUCCUUCUCUCUCUCUCUCUCUCUCCUUCUCUCUUUUUCCUAUUGUUUUCCCAUUCCAUUACUUUCCAUAUCAUCCUUCUUCAAUAGAUUCAGUAGAUAGAUUAUAA